AUGAACAAGCUCGUCGCCACCGAUAGAUUUUUUCAGCAACACCCUAAUGCAGCUGGCCGUCUUGGUAUGUCUCCAAUUCAAAAAUGUACUGCGGCUAUGAGGGUGUUGGCAUAUGGCACCUCAGCCGAUUUGCAUGACGAAUACUUACGAAUGAGUGCCCAAGUCAUUCGUAAAUCAGUCAUCAAAUUUGUUGAAGGUGUCAUUUCCAAUUUCGGAGCUGAGUACCUCAGAAAGCCAACUGAAGAAGAUAUGGUGACUCUUCUUCAUAUCGGAGAACGGCGAGGGUUCCCAAGCAUGAUGGGCAGUAUUGACUGUAUGCAUUGGGAAUGGAAAAAUUGCCCUACUGCAUGGGCAGGGCAAUAUGCAGGACGAAGCGGCACGCCAACAAUUAUUCUGGAAGCAGUUGCAUCACAAGACCUAUGGAUCUGGCAUGCAUUUUUUGGAACCCCAGGUUCAAGAAAUGAUAUCAAUGUACUUGAUCAAUCGCCUGUUUUUGACGAUAUAUUGGAAGGUCGAGCACCUAAGAUCAAUUAUAUCGUUAAUGGCCGCGAAAGGAAUAUAGGAUAUUAUCUCACCGAUGGUAUAUAUCCUCAAUGGGCGGCAUUUAUCAAAUCUAUUCCUGCUCCACAACUUCGAAAGCACCAGUUGUUUGCUCAACAUCAAGAGGCUGCCUGA